UCGAAUCAACGAAGAAGAAGAAAUCCCGGUGACCGUGAGGUGUUUGUAAUGUCUGAAGGAGAAGAAACGUGCUGAAGUAAAAAUGAUGAACUUACCUGCCUUGGUGCACAGCCUCAGAUGUUCUCUGCUGCGCAUUGAAAGCAGACUUCUCCAAAUAUCCGGACUGGACACGCAGCUGGCCCCAGCUCUGGCAGUGAAUGGCCCCAGCCUUCUGCCCCAGACCGAGCAGGACCCCCAACAGGACGAGGAGCAGAGCCCGGAGCUGACCCCCGGCCUCCUGGACAGCAUCCUGUGGAUGGCGGCCCCCAAGAAGAGACGCACCAUAGAGAUCAACAGAACCAGAAGGAGAGAUGAAAGAAAGUUCCCCAAAGUUAAGAAAAACAUCGAGACGUGUCCAGAGUGCGGCCAUUUGAAGCAGAGCCACAUCCUCUGCGGCUUCUGCUACGCCAAGAUUUGCAAGGAGACCUCUAUGAUACGCCAGCAGAUCAAGGAAAUGGAAGGCGGCCCCCUGAGGGCCCCGACCGUGGAGACGGUCGUCCUGUAUGAGGGGGAAACGCCGAGCGAGCAGGAAGGUGGGAAGAGGAUAGUGGAGCGGUCCAGGAAAAGACCCGCCUGGUUCAGAAACUGAUGCUGAGGCUUGGGUGAUAUGAGCUUUACAGAGAUAAACGACAUGUGUCAGUGUGUAUGUUGUUUUGGUUUUUCAUCAGAACAUUUGUUUUAAGAAAUAUAGACAUUUCUCAUGCGUUUCUGCUUUCCCCUGAUUUAAAAAGUUCUUACAGAUGAAAGUGUCAGAGGAACAAGAUGUGUGAAUGAACAAAGUAAAGUUAUUCAGUCCGAAAAAAAA